AUGCUUCCGGCCCCUUCGACCUCCGUCUCUCCCUCGGCCACUACAACCAUCCCUCCACCGACAGAGCAGGAAGGAGAUGUUCGAGCCUGUCAUGACCUCAAACCCCUCCCCAACACCCCUGCGGCCGUGCUAGCUCAUGGCUCCCAUGGACCCUCGCCUCUCCUACAGGAUAACGACCCAACUCGCCCCAACCAGACCACUUCUUACCACCGUCGAGCCAAUACCGAAGUGAUCAUUCGCCGACAAGCUCCCCUACCCGCCCGACAGCUCUUUCCCGACCAGCCCAAAACCUACGAAGACCUGGACCGGCGCUCGCCUGGAACCGAAAACAUCGCUCGCAGAACACUCGAGGAGGGAGCGAAACGCUUAUCAGGCUGGUUUCAGGGAAAAUCAGAGCCAGUCAAUCUAGGGGUGGUAUAUCAACCAUCGGAAACAGACGCCGCAUCAACCCGUGGUGGUCUCGCCAUGGACACCCUCGGCACACCAAUGAGCCGAGCGCAGAAACGAAUGACGGCCCCCUCGCCAUUAAAGCAGGUCACCUCGUCCAGCCCCUUUUCGUUCUUUGGGUUAAAACGUUCGGACAACAAGAUGGACCUCCCCGAGCCCGCCGAAGAUGAGUUCCUCAACCUCGAUAUCAACGCGGCCCUCUUCCCGCCUGGAAGCAACGAGCUCAGCGGCCAGGCGGCCUUUGAUGCUCUGCGCAAUAACGCCGACAACAUCCUCCGACAGCUGCAGGCAGCCUACAAACAGAGGACAUUUGCCUUGCACGAAACCUUGGCCGACAAGAGCGAGAAACAAGAAGAGCUGGAGGAAACCCGCACUCGGGUGGGACACCUCAAGAUUCAGCUGGAUGGCAUGGCGGAGAAAGUUCUCCAGCAGGAGAAAGCCAUGAAAGCCAUGGCGGAGGAGUUGGAACAGGAGCGACAGCUGCGUCGUCGAGAAGACGAAGCCCGCCGGCGUAGUGUGAUGCUCGUCCGGUCCAGCGACGACGAGAGCAUCUCCGAUGCGGGCCCAGAGCUAAGGACUCCCAAACGGAGCUUGAAGCGAGCCAGCAACGCGACCUUCACCAGUGGCGACUCGGGCUUUGAGUCAGGGGAUGAAAGCCUGGCCGAGAGUAUCUUCUCACGUCGAGAAGGACUGGAAUCGCCCGCGUCGACUGUGGCUCCGUCGCCUAACAUUUCUCAAAUCGCCCUGUCCACGCCUACAUCUACCGCGCAGCCCUCGAGUCAGAAGGAGCUGAAACCCGCCGGGACGCCUACUCCCCGCCCAUCUACCUACGAUCGCGUCAUCAAGGGUCUUGCAUCGACUGGUAUUGGCGGCUCGUGGGUGGGAAGCUCCGCCAGGUGUUCGAUCUGUCAUGGCGUGCCGAGCUCGGAAGCGUGGAGUGUCAUGGGGAUUUUGAAGGAAGAGAACAAAGGACUGAAGAGCCGGCUGGGGGAGCUUGAACUGGUCAUUGAUGACUGCCUGAGCAUGGUGGGCCCUUAG